AUGGACUAAUAUUUGUGCUGUGCCUUAGCGCUUUUUUCCGAUCGCGAGGGGUUCAGCGCCUGUGUGAAGAUACACCCGGACCUGACCGCAAAUUGUGCCCUCUGUCACCCGGCCUAACCCUAACUUAAAGCACCGUCUGCAGGCAGGUGAAGACUUCAUCAGAACCGCUCUCACGGCGCACCGCACAGCAGACCACCAACGCGCUGUCAGUCCUCCCCCUCCCGCCUUCGGACGCGUUCGUGCCGCGCGCAGCCACCGCGACGCGUCACCUGUGACGGUACCCGCGCAGUGACGUCACGCCUCACCUGUGACAGUCCCCGCGGUGUGACGUCAUGCCCCACCCCCUCGGUCUGCUGCCCUGAGAGGUGAAGCAGGACGUGCGCGCGCGCACGCUACGAACUACAAGGACUCGUUCAAGAACUAGUUUGUGUUAAAAAAUUAAAAAUAAAUUAAAAAAAAAACGCAAAACAAACACAAUAACGCCGGCGUCUGCAGUUAGAAGUCAGUGCAGAUGAAGGAAAAACAGAGUGGAGCGGACUUCACCGCGUUCCCGCUGGUUUCGGAGGGGAGCAGUUCUGAGAAGUGAGGCAACACGAGCCGAGGGAGAUUUCGACCUGUGUCCGCCGACAGCCUUUGAGAACCCAGACGAGCCUGUGAGGCCGUGGAUUAUGAGUUUACAGGUUGCAUGGAAAGCAGUGAACAGGACUUGAUGCAUGACAUUUGCAUGACUUUGUAUUGCAUUCCAGCGUGGAAGUUGCAGUGAUCAGCAGCACCCAUGGCUCAAAUGACACACCAUAAUGGAAGUUCAUCAGAAAAAUGUGAGAGUAUUGCUGAAGAUAAGGACUCUGUGGCAUCCUACUCCCUGGAGACCCCCUAUGGUUAUCAGCUAGACCUCGACUUCCUCAAGUAUGUGGACGACAUAGAGAGGGGCAAUACAAUCAAGAAGCUAAAGAUUCAGAGGAAGUCCAAAGUGGUCCAGCCUCGGGCAGCACAGAGGAACAGCAGCACCCGGUCUGAGUGGGCAUCGACUGACUCGCUGUCCUCUUCUAGCAGCGAUGAGAGCAAACGGUUUUCACUUUUUAGUGCAACCCAGAAGCACCUCCCCCUCAGUCAUCCGAGGCCCUACCAGACUCACGAAGUUCCUGUAGCCUUUUUGAGCAACCUGGAAGGCAAGCCUUUACCACCAUCCCCCAGCAUACUGAGACACAAUCCACAAGUGGAGAAGACGCUGAUGGAGACGCGCCGACGUCUGGAGCAGGAGAGACUGCUCCUUGAGCCCCAUUUCAAAGAGCCUCCCCGUCGCCGACUUGCUAGCUUCGGAGGGAUGGGCUCCAACAGUUCACUUUCUUCUUUCACUGGGUCAAGUGGUCCAAAUCAGAUCAUCCACAAUGGGUACCAGCCUAAUGGGGAUUACAGCCUUAGUUUCAACCCAUCAUUUGGAAGUUCGAUUCGCCACAGUCCCGUGAGCUCAGGAAUGACCACACCAGUCACUGGCAUCAGCCCCAUGCACCUGCAGCAAAUCCGGGAGCAAAUGGUGGUGGCGCUGAAGAGGCUUAAAGAACUGGAGGAGCAAGUCAAGACCAUACCCAUCCUUCAAGUUAAGAUCUCAGUCCUGCAGGAGGAGAAGAGGCAGCUUACUUUGCAGCUAAAGGACCAAAAACCCUGUGGCCAGAAUUCAGCGAGUGUUUUCCGGAAGCGGUCAUACAGCGUUGGCAGUGUAGACCACUUUGAACAGCUGUCCCAGGUUGGAAAGGGUUCAGAGCUGCACAUUGAUUCUGAGGACGAGCUGCAGAGUACCAAGCACAACUCCCAGAGGGUUGAGGAGUUCAGACAGCUGACAGCAGAAAUGCAAGAGCUGGGGAGAAAAAUACAGGAAAAUGGCUGUGAAGGACAGCAGAGCCUUACCGUUCAGCAUCCAGUGGAGAGGGAGGAGAGCACGAAAGAGCAUAAGUCUGUUGGUGCGGGUGAGAACAUGAGCAAUGUUCUUUGUCGCAAGUCAUCACAACACUGUCGAGAUAUUGCUGUGGCGACUGAGCUGGAGGUGAGAACUGUAGCAGUUGGUGUGACAGAGGCUAUGCUGGGUGUGACCAUGGAGGCAGAGCUGGAGAUUGAAAUGCAGCAUCAGACUAUUGAGGCCCUGAAAGAGAAGAUCUACAGACUAGAAGUCCAACUGAAGGAAACCACACAUGAGAUGGAAAUGGGCAAGCUGAAACUUGAACUUCAGGCAGCAGGGUUGAGGAAGAAAGUUGAUAAAGGGUCUAUGGCCAAACCAGCUAUGUACAGCACUACUGUAGAAGCCAAAGUGCAAAUGCUAAGUCAAGGUGUGGGAAACCAUGUGGAUUUCAGUGAUGCUUGCACUGGAAACUUUACUGAGUCACGUUCGGUGGGUUUUUCAUGCAAGCCAGAGCUGGAGCAUGUUGCUGUAGGUCCAGAUGUACUUAUGAACCAGUGGAUGGUGAAGAAAAGAUUUGAAACCCAUGAUCAGUGUGUUGGGAGCCAUGUUGAAAUGUGUAACCAAAAUGUAGGAGUGGAACUGUUUGUUUGUGAAACUGGAGUUAAUACAGAGGAGGCUGAGGACAGUUUAAGUCUGUGCAAGUUAGGUCAUGAAAAGAUGAAGAACUGCAGGUCAUUAGGAUGUGGCGAUUGUUCUGUGGAUGUGACGGUUUGUCCUAGAAAAGAUAUGGUUUCUCUUGGCACAAAUACAGAUUUGGUGUGUACAAUAGAUUCUGAAAUGAUGGCCAUACCUGAAACCAUUUCCCAAGAAGCAAAUACUGAUUUUGGGGGCAUAACCAAGUUCACCAACACUGAAAGCACCAGUAUUGCAAAUUGUAGUGCAGAGACAAGGGUGAACACUCAAGAGAAGCAUACCAGUACAACACCAACAGAAACCAGAACAGUUUCUGUAGGAGACGGCCUUAUCAGAGAUGUUGAAAAGGUGGGAAAAAUGCGUUCUGUUGCCGUGGGUACCUCUGUAAGCGAAGAAGCCUCUGACAAGCCAUCAUUCAUUAAAACCAAAGAUUGCGGAGUUGGCCUGGCCAACAUAAACGACAACUUUCUGGUGGGCAUAAAGACAAGAAACAUUGCUUGUGGUCCCUCUGUGCUCCCUGAUCCUACCAAAACCAGAAGCAUUGGAGUGGGAGAAGAACGAGUGACUGACCCACUACCUGUCCAACAGCCUUGGCAGCCAAGGGCUGAAAUGUCAACCGAGUUGGAUCACUACAUCGAGAGAGUGCAAAAGCUCCUUCAGGAGCAGCAGAUGCUACUGGCAGAGAACUACAGUGAGCUGGCAGAUGCCUUCGGUCAGCCCCACAGUCAGAUUGGUUCUAUCAAUAACCAGUUGGUCAGUACUUUAUCAUCUAUCAACUCUGUGAUGAAGGGUGGCAGCUCAGAGGACAUCCUGAACCUCUGCACAAGCUCCACAAUCGCAGUGAGGGACCAGGAUCAGGCAGAGGUCACCCAGACACAAGCCACAGAGUCCCUGUCAUCUCUGUCACAGCAGCAGGAGCAGAAGAGCCUGAUGGGUCAGCAGAUGACCUCUGCACUACAUGGACAGCUGUGCAGUCAGAACACUCUGAAGUCCAUCAUGAAGAAGAAAGAUGGAGGGCAGGGCCCAAGUGGCACUAAAAAGAACCUGCAGUUUGUGGGCGUCAAUGGAGGGUACGAAACAACAUCAAGUGAGGACUCGAGCUCUGAGGACAGCAGCUCAGAGGAGUCUGAAAGUGACGGGUGCGCUUACAAAGAAGAUGGGAGCGUGCCGGGAGGUGUGGUAGACGAGCUCUGUCACAAAGCAGUGGCACAAAAACAUAUUGGUGAUGAACAGAAGGAUCUGCAGAAGAUGGAAAUUAGAGAGAGGUACGAGAUAAGUGAGAAAAUGAUGUCGGCGUGCAAUAUGUUGAAAAACCACCUGAAUGACUCAAAAACUUGCAGCAGCAAGGACAUGAGGGCAUGCAUGAACACCCUCCAGCACGAGUGGUUCAGGGUGUCCAGUCAGAAGUCUGCAGUGCCAGCCAUGGUGGAGGACUAUCUUGCUGCAUUCAGAGCAGUGUCAUUUUCAGUGCUGAAGCACAUCGUCAACAUGGCUGACGGCAAUGGCAACACAGCCCUGCACUACAGCGUGUCUCACUCGAACUUUGAGAUUGUCAAGAAACUACUGGAUGCUGAUGUUUGCAACGUCAAUCAGCAGAACAAGGCUGGGUACACUCCCAUCAUGCUCGCUGCCCUGGCUGCAGUAGAUGCUCCAAAGGACAUGAGAGUGGUUGAAGAGCUCUUCAGCAAAGGGGACGUCAAUGCCAAAGCCAGCCAGGCAGGCCAGACGGCCCUCAUGCUGGCUGUCAGUCACGGGAGGAUGGAUAUGGUGAAGGCUCUGCUGGUGUGCGGUGCUGACAUCAAUGUGCAGGAUGAUGAGGGUUCCACUGCCCUCAUGUGUGCCAGCGAGCAUGGCCACGUGGAGAUCGUCAAGUUGCUGCUAGCCCAGCCCGGGUGUGACGCCACCUUGAGCGACAAUGAUGAAAGUAAUGCCCUGUCCAUAGCUCUGGAAGCAGGACACAAAGACAUUGCUGUGCUGCUCUAUGCCCACGUCAACUUCUCCAAAGCCCAGUCUCCAGGGACGCCCCGUCUCGGGAGGAAGACAUCCCCAAGUACCAGUGGGAGAAGCAUGUUUGAUUAGUGCCACGGCUGCUCUCUUCCCCCGUUCCCUCGCUGCUAUUGGUGCACGUUGCCUUGAACAGAUGCUGAAUGUAUUGUCACGUAUUUUCAUUUUGUGCCUGAUUUCACCAGCAACGAUAAGCAGUAAAAUGAGUUACUGAAAACUGGAAAUUUUUUGUAGAUUGAAAAUAUUUUCCAUGAAAUUUAGACUUAAACUUAGGUCGCCUGACUUGUGCCUAUUACAUUUAAUUCCUGGUUAUUAGUCCAGCAGAGAAGGAUUUUAAUUUUUUAAAGCAUGUAUCACUGUUAAUUGAAUUGCUUUCUAUACUGAUUGCUGUCAUUUUGUAUGUUUACAGUAUUAGCUUGAUUUCCGCAUUUCUUUUCCUUCUUAUGUUGGAUGAUAGUGUUUGUAAGGUGGCAAUUUAUGUAGAGCCUGUAGACAUUUUAUAUGUCAAAAUGUACAUUGAACAUGCAUAUUAAGCUUUACUGUAACACUUAUUGCAAAAUCCAAAUUUUUACCAGUUUAAUUUUUUUCUAUGAAUUUCAGUUUUAAAUGUAUCUUAUCUUAAAUGCAUAUAUAUAUAUUAUGUCACUGUAUAUAAUAUAUUUUGGGGAAGAAUUAGAAUCAAUAAAUAGCCUUUUAUAUACAUUCAA